CGCCCCCCGCCCGGUGAAGGUGAGCGUCUCCUCUGAGCUGUGUCCGCCCGCCGCCCGCAGCCAUGGCCGCCUCCGUGUUCGCCGCCGUCCCGCAGGCCGCGCCCGUCGCCGUCUUCCAGCUCACGGCCGACUUCCGCCAGGACCCCGCGGCGCGCAAGGUCAACCUGGGCGUGGGCGCCUACCGCACGGAUGAAGGGCAGCCCUGGGUCCUGCCAGUGGUGAGGAAGGUUGAGCAGAUGAUCGCCAGCGAUACUAGCCUGAACCACGAGUACCUGCCCAUCCUCGGCCUGCCCGACUUCCGGGCCAACGCCUCGCGCAUCGCCCUGGGGGACGACAGCCCUGCCAUCGAGGAGGGGCGGGUCGGGGGCGUCCAGUCCUUGGGCGGGACGGGCGCCCUGCGCAUCGGGGCAGAGUUCCUGCGGCGCUGGUACAACGGGAACAACAACACGGCCACCCCCGUCUACAUCUCCUCUCCGUCCUGGGAGAACCACAACUCCGUGUUCACGGAUGCCGGUUUUAAGGACAUCCGGACCUAUCGCUACUGGGACCCAGCCAAGAGGGGCCUGGACCUGCAGGGGCUGCUGGAAGAUAUGGAGGCUGCUCCCGAGUUCUCCAUCUUCAUCCUCCACGCCUGCGCACACAACCCCACCGGCACGGACCCCACCCAGGAGCAGUGGAAGCAGAUUGCCACAGUCAUGAAGCGCCGGUUCCUGUUCCCGUUCUUCGACUCGGCCUACCAGGGCUUUGCCUCGGGCUGCCUGGACCGGGAUGCCUGGGCUGUGCGGUACUUCGUUGCCCAGGGCUUUGAGCUCUUCUGCGCUCAGUCGUUCUCCAAGAACUUCGGGCUGUACAACGAGCGCGUGGGGAACUUGUCCGUGGUGGGGAAAGAUGCCAACAAUGUCCAGCGCGUGCUGUCCCAGAUGGAGAAGAUCGCCCGCACCACCUGGUCCAACCCACCCUCGCAGGGAGCCCGCAUCGUGGCCACCACCCUCACCUCACCCCAGCUCUUUGCCGAGUGGAAGGACAACGUGAAGACCAUGGCGGAUCGGGUCUUGCUGAUGCGGUCGGAGCUCCGUUCCCGGCUGGAGUCCCUGGGCACCCCCGGCACCUGGAGUCACAUCACUGACCAGAUCGGCAUGUUCAGCUUCACGGGGCUGAACCCUAAGCAGGUGGACUACAUGAUCAAGGAGAAGCACAUCUACCUGAUGGCCAGUGGGCGUAUCAACAUGUGUGGCCUCACCACCAAGAACCUGGACUAUGUGGCCAGCUCCAUCCACGAGGCUGUCACCAAGAUCCAGUGAAGGCUGCCAGCGGCCCACCCCAUCAGACGCCACUAACGUCACCGCAUGUGCUCCCUGCCUGGUCCCUGCCCCCAACUCACCGCCCCCGGGGGCAAUAAAGAUGGGAGCAAUGGCUCUGUUGGGGACGUCAGCCUGCUGGCCUCUUGGAGCAGCCCCUGGCCCCGGGGCCAACCAGUGCCCUCGUGGGGGUGGGGCAGGGGCAGGGGAGCUGCCCACGGGGCCCGCCUGGCACCCAGACGUCACCAAACCUGUCUUUUCCCGAACAUCCAAAGAGGUCCUGUGUGACCACGUGCCGGUGCAGUGCAUUGUGGGACUGCUGCAGACUGGGGGCUGCACCUUGUUUUCGGGGUGCAGCUGGUGCUGGUUGCAUCCGCCCUCUUCUGCCCGCCCCCGGGGGAAACCUCGUGGUUGAUUGCUGCUGCUUUAUGUUGUGGAAUGAAAAUAAAUCAUCUCCACCCA